UGCUACUGUAUGGGCUGGAUCAACCUCAACUUGUAACUGGUGGUAGCUACUCCAUCCAUUAAUUCUUUCCCUCUGUUGAGACAACUUAAAAGUACUAAACCACUACUCUAACUCUCCUAUUUUUCCCUGACUUUUGAUCACAGUCUCUUCUCAAUUAAUUAUGUCUUACCAUAAAAGAUACAGGCAGAUACAACGUGAGCUCAAGGAACUGUUGGUUAGUAGUAGUGAAGAGGAAGCUGACUGGGUUCAUCAAAACACCAAAAUUCCCAAACUUUACCAUAAUAACUCUGACCCAUCUUUAAGCUUUUCUGACCAGGACAGUUGUGAAAGUACAUCCUUAUCCCCCUUGAUAGUAACUGCACCAGAAGAAUUAAGCACAGAUGAUGAGAGUCACCACCAUAUAUCUGAUUUGGCACUUGAAGAAGGAUUAGCUUUAUGGGCAUCAAAAAAUAACAUUACACGCCAGGCAGCAAAUGAAUUAUUGGAGCUGUUGAGGAAUAAUGGGCAUAAUCUACCUAAAGAUUCACGCACUUUGAUGGAAACUCCAAGGUAUGUAGAGGUAUUAGAAAAAUGUGGAGGACACUAUUAUUAUUUUGGGAUUGGUUCAUGUUUGCAAAAUAUAUUGAAGACUCAUCCAGCAUUUGUAAAAGAAAAUGAUUCGGUUAAACUCAGUGUAAACAUAGAUGGUAUUCCUUUACAUAAAUCAAGCAAUGAACAGUUCUGGCCUAUACUGAUAAAGUUCAGCUGCUUUAAGCCAGCAUUAGUUGCUCUGUAUUGUGGAAAGACUAAACCAGAUUCUAUUGACAGUUUUUUGGAAGAUUUUCUUCAAGAAUAUAAGCAACUUUCUGAAAAUGGUUUAGUUUUUGAAGGGAAAAGACUGGCAGUAAGAAUAGUUGCAUUUAUUUGUGAUGCACCUGCACGCUCAUUUAUCAAAUGCAUAAAAGGGCACAAUGGGUAUUACUCAUGUGAGAGAUGUGAAAUUAAAGGAACCUGGCAAUCACAUGUUCUUGUAUUAGACUCUGCACAACCCUGUAAUGAAAGAUCUGAUGAGAAAUUCAAUCAGGAACAGUACAGGGAUUCUCAUCAGUUAGGAAAAAGUCCUUUGAUUCAGUAUGGAAUAUCUUGCGUGAAAGGGUUUCCACUGGAUUACAUGCAUAUGAUUUGCCUUGGUGUUACCAGAAGAAUGCUACUUUUCCUCAUAAGAGGUUCUAAGAAAUGCAAACUCUCUCAGCUUCAAAUAAGUUUAAUUUCAUCUUCUUUAGAGAGUCUUUCCAACAAACUACCAAGUGAAUUUGCUAGACAGCCACGAUCACUAGCUGUAAUUGAUCGCUGGAAGGCCACCGAAUUUAGACAGUAUAUAUUAUACACAAGUAUUGUUGUCCUGAAAGAUGUUGUUCCUGAUAUUAUAUACAAAAACAGUCUUUUGCUUACUGUGUCCUUAUCAGUUUUAUUGAAUUCCAAUGAUGAAAUACGAAAUUCUUACUUACCAUAUGCAAGAGAAUUACUUAAGUGUUUUGUACAACAGUGUCGAGAUAUAUAUGGUCAAAGUUUUAUUGUAUAUAAUGUUCAUAAUCUUCUUCACUUGGUAGAUGAUGUAGAGAAUUACCAGUGUUCCCUUAAUGACAUUUGUGCUUUCCCAUACGAGAAUGAACUUCACAAAAUAAAGCAGUUAGUGAGGUCAUCAAACAAUCCAGUUUCUCAAGUUUUCAAAAGACUUGCAGAAAAGAAAAUGUUUAAUGAAUCAAAAGUGACAGAAGCUAAUCACAGAAUAUAUAUAUCUACAAAAUACAAAAAUAAUUGUUUCAUGUUAAAAAAUGAAGAUUUUGUGUUCCUUAGGAAACUAAAAAAUGAUGUCUACUAUGAAUGUGAUGUUCUUCGUCAAAGCCAAACUGAAAUUUUUUUUACUGAACCAUGCAAUUCUAAACUCAUUAACAUUGUGUUUAUGAAAAAUAAGAGUAAUUUAAAAAAGAAAGUAAUUCACUUAGAGCAGCUGCAUAGAAAGGUGAUAAAAUUGCCAUACAAAGAUGGUGUUGUUUUAGUACCAGUUGUACAUGACAUUUUCAGUUAGGUGGGCAGUUGUAC